GCCAGUUUCCAAGGUGGAGUUGUUCGUCCUCUUUGCUUGUAAGCCCCAGAAGCGGAAGAUGCUGGCGUUGGUCCGUAAUGGCCGUUGGGUUUUCCAUUUCAGAAACCGGCGAUCGGAACCUCAGCUACUCUUCUCUUUCUACACCACCACUGCGCUGGACGAGUCCAAGCCGAGUAGACCUUCGCCGCCCCCGAUCCGGGUUUUGCUUACCGGGUCAGCGGGAAGAGGAGUGUUCGCCACCCGAAUGAUCGGAGCCGGUGAACUCAUCCACACGGCCAAACCCAUCGUCUCUCACCCCUCUCUCUCCGUGACCACUGGCGUUUGCUACUCGUGCCUCCGAAAGCUCAAGAGCAAUUCGACGUCUGAAGCAGCUCAAGGUGUCUUAUUUUGCAGCGAAGAAUGCGAACAGCAAUCCAAGGUAUUCUAUAAAGUUGAGAAACAAGCAGAUUGGUCAGCUUUCCAUGAUUAUUGCCGCACUCAGGGAUUGAAGUAUCCACUCCUAGCCAAGAGGCUGGCUUGUAUGGUUGUAUCAGGGGUUGCUACUGCAGACAGUCUUGAUAUACUUCAACCUGCUAUUUUAUCUACUGAGAUGAUUUUACAGAUGGAAAAGGAGUUUCUAUUGCUAAGGACUGCCUUUGAAGAAGCAUAUAUCAGAGAUGAACAACUAGCAUUUCUCACCAAGCAAUGGUACAUCGGUGUGCUAGCACGAAUUCGUAUUAAUGCAUUUCGUGUAGAAUUGGCUGGAGGUUCAUAUGAAGAUCUUAUUUCAUCAGCGGCAGCAUUAAUAGAAGUGGAAGCUGCUGUUGGAAAUGCUGUGUAUAUGCUCCCUUCAUUCUAUAAUCAUGAUUGUGAUCCAAAUACACACAUUUUAUGGAUAGAAAAUACGGAUGCAAGAGUGAAGGCUCUUUGUGAUAUUGAAGCAGGUGAAGAGAUGCGGAUUUGUUACAUUGAUGCAAGCAUGGAUCAUGAUGCUCGUCAAGCUAUCCUUUCUAAGGGGUUUGGAUUUGAAUGCCAUUGUCUUAGGUGCUCAUCGGGCGAUUAAAGCAUCCUUGCCAUUAUUAACAUGGAAGGUCAUUGGAUGGUUUUCCCUGUAUCAAUUGGAUGGGUGUUACUGAGCCAUGAAAUUAAGAUUCAACCUUUUAGAAUGCCAUUUGGCAUUGUUUCUGAUUAUUUCUUUCUAUUUCUAUUAGCUUUAUUUUGCUGGAUAGCCAUAUAUAUUUGUAAAAUUUUCGCCACUGGCUAAAAAGAACCGAGCUAAUGAAGAAGCUACUGCUGAGAGCUGAAUGUGAACUUAGUUGAUGCCUAAACUUCUGCAGGUAUUUCAAGAUCCAGCUAGUGAGAGUAUUGGAUAUUCCUGUCAAAAUUGAAUUACAUUUUGGUUUCCACUUCAAUUUCCCCUCUUUGUUUUUGGAGGGCUGGUGGGUGGGUUUUUGUCUGAGGAAAAAGAAAUUGCUCCCCUCCUAACCAACAAUGAUUUGUCUCAUAAACCAUGUAAAUAAGUUGGUGUUCUUGAACUCUUGUGUUCUUUUUAUCGUUGGAAGUGAGGGACCUCAUGUUGUAAGUGGCCAAAAGAUUCUUCUAGUUACUAGUUGCUUGGGUGUAAUAGUGUUGGAGAGAGAGAGAGAGAGUUGUAACCUUUAGUUGAUGCAUAAACGUUGAUGUGUUUUAUGUUGUAAAGUAAGUGGUAUUUCAAAUGGUUUAUAGUGCUUUCAAUCUCACA